AUGUCUUCACCUUCAAAGAGGUCGACACGAAGUUCGACUGCUGGUACCCCCCGCCGGUCAACAAGAAACAACCCAGAUACGGCUGCACGCAGCAGCCCCGCGCCCGCAGACGAAGAGGCGCAACCCCCGGCAGAAACUCCUCGUGCUACCCGCCGUUCGCAGCUUGCGUCGAGUCCGCUUUUCUACGAAUCUUCGCCGUCGCAGACGCCCGGCGGUCGCCGUAAUGCCCCGGCAAAUGGCGAUGUCUCGUCGCCUUUGCGAAACAUGAGCAACAGCCAAAGCACUGCUGCUGGCCCUGCUCCCAGCUCACCGCUCCGUCAAGACAUAGACACCCAAUCCACUGGCGAUGGUGAUAGGACCCCGCGUGCGAGUGGAAUGGCGAGAGAGUCAUCCCCUAUUCGAUACGAGCCCAGUUCUAGCCCAGGCCGGUCGGUACGGCCGUUUCAAUCCGACUUGCGCAGUGAGAGCAGUGGUCUCUUCGUCACUGAUCGCUCAUCGCGUUCUCGUAGAGGCGACAUCAACUCGGAAGGUCUCAGAACACCCCGCCGUCGCUUAGUUUUGGAUCCUUCUGGCAGAGUGACCACCGACGCGCCAGGCUCCGAUGCGCCUUCAUUUAGCAACCCCGACCCCAACACUUCGGAGGCUGACCGCCUCGGAGGGGCGGGUGAGAGCACUAUUUGGGGUACCACCGUGUCGAUCGAUGACACUUUCGCGUCUUUCAAGGAUUUCUUGAGGCACUUCACCAGGAAAUACCAGCUGUAUAGAGAGGGCUGGUCCGAGGCUGACGUCCAAGCUGCCCCCGAUGCCGAGUCCAAGCCGUACUGGGAGGCCCUUGAGAACAUGCUUCUUCUGGGCACAACCAGACUUUACCUCGACAUUGCCGAUCUGAACACAUACCCGCCGACGCGGAAGCUCUGGUAUCACAUCCAGGCCUACCCCCAAGAAAUCAUUCCUAUAAUGGAUCAGUCUGUUCACGACUUGAUGGUCGAGUUGGCUAGAACCGAAAGCCAGAGGCAGCGCGCGUUCCAGAGCGGUUCUGGUGAUGCCGCUAGGCGAAGCAAUACAGCCCCCAGUUCGGAUCUUGCGUUCCCGAGCUCCGACCACGCGGGCUCUGACGCCCCGACCCCACGACCGGCUGCCGAACUCCCAUCGAAGGAGGAUGAGAUUGCCCAGAUGAUUUAUAUGGUUCGGCCGUUCGGAUUGGACACGACUACUAAUCUCCGUGACCUGAACCCCUCGGACAUGGACAGACUCAUCACCGUCAAGGGUCUUGUCAUUCGCACCACACCAGUCAUUCCUGAUAUGAAGGAGGCUUUCUUCCGGUGCAAUGUUUGCAACCACUCUGUCAGCGUCAGCCUUGACAGAGGCAAGAUCCGCGAGCCCACCGAGUGCCCGCGAGCCCGUUGCGCCUCCAAGAACUCCAUGCAAAUUGUCCACAACCGUUGCACAUUCGAAGAUAAGCAGGUCAUCAAGCUUCAGGAGACUCCAGACGCUGUCCCCGCUGGUCAGACACCCCACUCGGUCUCAGUAUGUGUGUACAACGAACUAGUGGACUUCUGCAAGGCCGGUGACAGAGUCCAGCUUACGGGUAUUUUCCGUGUCAGCCCUGUGCGUGUAAACCCGCGCCAGAGAACCAUUAAGAGCGUGUACAAGACCUACGUGGAUGUUCUGCACGUGCAAAAGGUGGACAAGAAGAGAAUGGGCGUCGACCCCUCUACGCUCGGUAUCGAGGGUGAAGAGGACGAAGGCGGCGACAACAACAUCGAGGAGACCAAGAAGAUCAGUCCGGAGGAAGAAGAAAAGAUCAGAGAGACUGCGGCCAGGUCGGACAUCUACGAUCUUCUCUCACGCUCACUCGCCCCCUCGAUUUAUGAGAUGGACGACGUGAAGAAGGGCAUUCUUUUGCAGCUGUUCGGUGGCACCAACAAGACUUUCACAAAGGGUGGCAGCCCCAGGUACAGAGGCGAUAUCAACGUCCUGCUCUGCGGUGAUCCGUCCACGUCAAAGUCUCAGAUCCUCUCUUACGUACACAAGAUUGCCCCCCGUGGCGUAUACACCAGUGGCAAGGGAUCUUCCGCGGUCGGUUUGACUGCAUACGUCACGCGAGACCCGGAAACUCGCCAGCUUGUGCUCGAGUCCGGUGCCCUGGUUUUGUCCGACGGUGGCGUUUGCUGCAUCGACGAGUUCGACAAGAUGUCAGAAUCUACACGUUCUGUUCUUCACGAAGUCAUGGAGCAGCAAACUGUUUCCGUUGCCAAGGCAGGCAUCAUCACCACUCUCAACGCCCGGACAAGUAUUUUGGCCUCGGCCAACCCCAUUGGCAGUCGCUACAACCCGGAUCUCCCCGUGCCUCAGAACAUCGAUCUGCCCCCAACACUGCUCUCUCGUUUCGAUCUGGUCUAUCUCAUCCUUGACCGGGCCGAUGAAAAGAGCGAUGCUCGUCUCGCUCGCCAUCUUCUAUCUCUGUACCUCGAAGACAAGCCAGAGUCUGCCCACACUAAGGAAGACAUUCUGCCCGUCGAGUUUCUCACCGACUACAUCUCCUUCGCCCGCGCCAACAUUCAUCCGACCAUCGCACAGGAUGCUGCCCAGGAACUGGUUGAACAAUACCUCGAGAUGCGCAAGCUUGGCCAGGAUGUUCGCGCCGCCGAGAAACGCAUCACUGCUACUACUCGUCAACUCGAGUCCAUGAUUCGUCUGUCAGAGGCUCAUGCCAAGAUGCGGCUGUCUACGACAGUCGUUCGCGAGGACGUGAAAGAAGCCGCCCGUCUUAUUCGCUCUGCUCUUAAGACUGCCGCCACUGACUCCCAGGGUCGCAUCGAUAUGAGUCUCCUGACAGAAGGCACCAGCGCCGCCGACCGCCGCAAGAAGGAGGAGAUCAAGGAGGCGGUGCUCCACCUACUCGAUGAGAUGACCAGCAACGGACAGACCGUCAGGUGGAGCGAGGUCGCCAGAAGACUGAGCGAAGGUGCGAGCAUGCCGGUGGAGCAGAGCGAUUUCAACGAGACAAUGCGGACCUUGGAGAUGGAGGGUCUCGUCAUGAUUGGCGGUGAGGGUGCGAGGAGAAGCAUCAGGAGAGUCACGGCUGUUGUGUAA